GAGAGAGAGAGAGAGAGGGAGGGAGGGAGAGAGAGAGAGAGAGAGAGAGAGAGAGAGAGAGAGAGAGAGAGAGAGAGAGUGAGAGAGUGAGUCAGACUUGCCACAUCCCUGCCAAGGCUGAGCAUUUACGCGCGAUCUCCGGCAGCAGCCCUGCUCCGCCACCAGGACUAAUUUCAUCAUGCAAACUUUCAAACUCUUUAUUCUGACAUAAGCUGCGUGUGUGGGGGAUUUUUUUUUUUUCUGGAGAGGAGGGAAAAAAAAUAACACGGGCUCAACUUUUACAAGCUGACACCAUCUGUGAAGUUAUUCCGUCCUUCUCCCGGUGAGUGUGAUCCCGAAGAAGCUCGGUGCCAAUUAUACAGCCCGUGUGUUGAAGCCUCCCCGGCCGCCAUUGACCCUGUUAGCCAGCUUUAAUGUCAACUCCCCGGCUCCAAAGUGGAGGGAAUUACCCCACUUUUAGUCUCCAAUGAGGAAAAAAGAAGAGCAACACAGCAAAAUGCAGAGCUUGACUCUUUUUCAACCCACGCGCUCGUUUCAGUGUCUGACUGCUCUUGCUUUCUGGUGAAACACAGGGUCAGGACUGUGUGGAUAAAACCCUGAGGGUUUUGACAUUUCAGCUUUUCUGUCCUUUUUUUUUUUUUUUUUUUUUUAAUUUUUCUCUUCUGGCCUCAGUGCUUUUUUGGAGGGGGGCCCAGAUGAUGGGGUGGUGUUGCUCAGGCAUAUGCAGAGCCCUGGCUCUCCUGGCGCUCCUGCUUCCCUUGCAGGAGAGGGGCUGCUGGGGGCUGAAGCCCAGCUCUGGGGAUCUGGAGAGGUCCCCGCACUCAGAUCCAGACCCCUGGGACGUCCUGCACAGGCACAAACGCAGCUGGGUAUGGAACCAGUUCUUCGUAUUGGAGGAGUACACAGGAAAUGAACCGCUCUAUGUUGGCAAGCUACACUCGGAUGUGGACAAAGGAGACGGCAAAGUGAAGUACGUGCUCUCCGGAGAGGGCGCCACCUCCAUCUUCACCAUUGAUGAGAACACGGGAGACAUCCACGCCACAAAGAGGCUCGACCGGGAGGCGCAGGCCUACUACACCCUGCAGGCUCAAGCUGUAGACCGACUCACUAAUUUACCUGUGGAGCCCAAGUCUGAAUUCGUGGUCAAGGUCCAGGACAUCAAUGAUAAUGAGCCUAAGUUUCUCGAUGGACCGUACUUGGCAGGGGUACCGGAGAUGUCACCCUUAGGAACCAUGGUAGUGCAAGUGGCAGCCACGGACGCGGAUGACCCGACAUAUGGGAACAGUGCCAGGGUGGUCUACAGCAUCAUCCACGGACAGCCGUACUUCUCGGUGGAGCCAAAGACAGGUGUCAUCAGAACAGCUCUGCCUAACAUGGACCGGGAGACGCGGGACCAGUACGUACUUGUCAUCCAGGCCAAAGACAUGGUCGGCCAGAUGGGUGGCCUCUCCGGCACCACGUCUGUUACUGUCACGCUCACCGACGUCAACGACAACCCGCCUCGGUUCACUCACAAGAGCUAUCAGUACACAGUGCUGGAGUCGCUGCCGGUGCAAUCUGUGGUGGCCAGAAUCAAAGCGGCGGAUGCUGAUAUAGGCUCCAACGCAGAGAUGGACUACAGGAUCAUGGACGGAGACGGGCCAGGCAUGUUCAACAUCACAACAGAUGAGGACACACAAGAGGGGGUCAUCAUUCUCCUGAAGCCUCUCGACUUUGAAACAAAGAGCAGCUUUUCCCUGAGAAUCGAAGCCACGAACAGGAACAUCGACUCCAACUUCUUGAGCUUGGGCCCAUUCAGCGACACGACGUCGAUCAGGGUGACGGUGGAAGACGUGAACGAGCCGCCCGUCUUCUCCGCGCCACUUAGCAAGAUGGUUGUUUCGGAGGACGCCAAAGUGGGCACCUCGAUCGGGAGGGUCUCCGCCCAUGACCCAGACACCUCCAACAGUGCCAUCAGGUAUUCCAUCGACAGGAACACUGACUUGGAGCGCUUCUUCAACGUGGACGCUCUAAGCGGGGUCAUCAGCACGGCCAAGCCUCUGGACCGAGAGGCCAACUCCGUCCAUAACCUCACCAUCUUGGCCAUCGAGAGCCAGGACCCAACCCAAAUUGGGAAAGGCAUCUCUCUCAUCACAGUGCUGGACAUAAAUGAUAAUGCCCCGGUCUUUGCCAUAGACUAUGAAACUCUCCUCUGCGAGAACGCCUUGCCAGGACAGGUGAUCCAGACCGUCAGCGCCGUGGAUAAGGAUGAACCUCUGAGCGGUCACCGCUUUUAUUUCGCCCUCGCUGCACCUGUUGCCGGCAACCUCAACUUCACUCUGCGAGAUAACAAAGACAACACGGCGUCCAUACUGACGAAGCGAGGCGGUUUCAGGAGACGGGAGCAGCCUGUUUAUCGGCUGCCCGUGUUGAUCGUGGACAGUGGAAGUCCUGCCCUCAGCAGCACCAACACGCUCUCGGUGCGCGUGUGCGACUGUGACUCCGACGGCGUGGCCUUGUCUUGCGGAGCCGUGGCCUACACAGCGACCGGCCUGAGCACUGGCGCCCUCCUGGCUAUUUUAGGCUGCAUCAUCACACUUCUGGUGAUGGUUCUGCUAAUUGUGACAAUGCGUCGGAGGAGGAAGGAGCCUCUGAUUCUUGAGGAGGAGAGAGACAUCAGAGAGAACAUCGUCCGUUAUGACGACGAGGGCGGGGGAGAGGAGGACACGGAGGCCUUCGACAUGGUUACCCUUCGUAACCUGAACGUCAUUAGAGACCCCAGCGUACGGCGAGAUGUCACACCAGACACACCUACCUUCUUUCAUUACACAUCAGCUACACGCCCCUCUUACAAGUCCCUGCCGGACAAUGUGGUGUUUCGAGAGUUUAUUUGGGAACGACUUAAAGAUGCUGAUGUGGACCCGUCAGCUCCCCCGUAUGACUCUCUGCAGACAUACGCUUUUGAAGGCAGCGGAUCAGUAGCAGAGUCACUAAGCUCACUGGAGUCACUAAGUACAGACUCAGAUCAGAACUAUGACUAUCUCACCAACUGGGGACCACGCUUCAAAAAGCUGGCCGACCUGUACGGCAACAGCGACGGCACCAGUGUCUUCUCAUAGCCCCUAAAUGUCUCUCUUAACAUUUAAAUAAGAGUAAAUUAUUGUCAGAGAAAAUGAUUUUGUCUGCCUUAGUGCACUGGAGGAAAAGAUUCAAAGACAACACAAGAGAGACUGAAAGAUGAACACUUUGACUUCAAAGGUUUUUGGUUUGUUUACCUCCUAGUAUGGAUUUUCAAAAGCGUGCCAUGGUGAGUUUCGACACAGACUUCAAAAGUGGCUUGAGUGAGGAGGAAACCUUGUGUGCAAAAAGACAUUAAAGGUUCCAGAUUUUGGGCUCGAGUCCAACCAUUGACUGCAGUACGCAUACAUGUUGGAGCAUUUUUAUGGGGGAGGGGGUGGGCACCUGUCCUUUCAUUCCAGCGAUGGGCACGGACCCAGCACUCUUGCUUUGAUGCAUUCCUUUGCUAUCUUUGUGCUAAAAAGAAAACAUAAAAAGUUUCUCCUCAUGAAAUGUUGUGUCCCUGGCGGCUAAUCAGUAGUCACUUGACUGUUCAUAUGAAAUUUGAAAACGAUUUCUAUGGGGUUUUUUUUGUUUGUUUGUUUGUUUGUUUUUUCAGUUUGUUCUGUGGUGCAGCGGGUAAUGAGGGGCUGUUUUUCAUAAGACAGAGCCACAUUAUUUAUGGACUCAGUCAUACCUCUCAACACUUAUGUGAAAAGUGCAAAUGCGCACAUACAAUAUAAACAAGUAGUAGAUGUGCUAAGGAAGUGAUGUGAAGACAUAGGUUGUGCAAAUAAUAAAAAGAAUGACUCUCUUGUCAGUUUGAUGUCUCCACUGGGUGAAACAGGAAAGCAUAUAAUUUCUCUUUUUCUCCUAACAAUACAUUUUGCAGAUGUUGCAAUGUAGUGUUUGUCUGAGUCUGUUUUUUCUUUCCGCCUUUUUAUUGCCAAGUGCAAUGUAUGAUUUCCGAGCUAUAAAAUGUCAGGAUUGAGUUGUUCUGCUUUUGUACAAGGGGGGCGGGGGGAGGGUGGGGGAGCUGGGGACGUCUGCUACAUCAGAAAGCUUUGCUGAAGGAUCUGUCCUCGUCGUGCUUGAUUGCAAAAUUCACGCCACCUUGACUCUAGAAAAAAAAAAAAUUGUUUCUGAACAGUGACGGUCCUUACAUGGGUGAAGUUGCAGUUUGUAAGUAAAUGAAUUUUGCUUCUGUAGUUUGCAGAGUCCAGCAUAUACAGUACUGUCAUUCAGAAAUGAAACCAAUAAUGUUGAUGGUUUGUUUAUUGAUGGUCAAAGGACACACUGUAUGAUAAUCAUAUUGUGCCAAUUUUUUUUCCAGCUUAAAGAAAUUAUGUUAAAAUUGGGUGUCGAUAUGUACAACCGAUAUGUAUUAUUAUUUAUUUUGAAGAGGCAGAAUAGUGCAAAUGAUGUUUUUAUCAUUUUGCUGAAAAUAAAAUUGACAUUCAAUUCCUUAAAA